CAUAUAUAAACAAACAAGAGGGUUUUCAUUCUUGUAAAGCCACAUUCUUCUCUACUUGUCUUUCUUUCUUUUCUUCUUCACAAAGCAAAAUUAGCAACAACCAAAAAAAACAGAGCAAAAACAGAGAACAAGAAAACAGAGCAAAAACAGAGUACAGUGUCAUCAUGGAUUGGGUACGAGGAGAUUUGAUUGGUCGUGGAAGCUUUGCCACCGUCAGUUUAGCUAUACCCACUGGAAGUUCUUCUUCAACCCGUUUUCCUCUUCCGACCGUCGUGAAAUCCGCCGAGGCUUCCACCUCUUCUUCUCUGGAGAAUGAGAAAAACGUUCUUGAUCGGUUGGGUUCAUCAUGCCCAAGAAUCAUUCGGUGUUUCGGCGGUGAUCGCACCUUUGAAAACGGUGAGGAGAGGUUCAACUUGUUCCUUGAGUACGCCGCCGGUGGAAGCCUUGCCGAUCAGGUGAAAUUCCACGGUGGUCGGAUUCCGGAGAAUAAAGUUCGGAGUUACACUAGGUCCGUUGUGGAGGGGCUUCUGCAUAUUCAUAGCAAUGGGUUUAUUCACUGUGAUAUCAAGCUUCAGAACAUUCUGGUGUUCGGCGAUGGUGAAGUGAAGAUUGCUGAUUUCGGUUUGGCGAAGGAGGUAGGGGUGGAACAGGAACAGGGGAAGGGGUUUGAAUGCAGGGGGACGCCGCUGUUUAUGUCGCCGGAAUCGGUUAAAUCCGGCGAGAAUUUACCGCCGGCGGAUGUUUGGGCUCUGGGGUGUGCGGUGGUGGAGAUGGUGUCCGGGAAGCCGGCGUGGAAUGUUGAGAAGGAUUCGAGUAUGUGGUCGUUGUUGCUUCGAAUUGGUGCCGGAGAAGAGUCGCCGGAGAUACCAGAGGAGGUAUCGGAAGAGGGGAGGGAUUUUCUUGAGAAGUGUUUCGUGAAGGAUCCGAGGAAGAGGUGGACGGCGGAGAUGCUCUUGAAGCACCCUUUUGUUGCGGCGGUUCCGUUGAAGGAGUCGCCGAGGUGCCACUUUGAUUUCCCAGAUUGGGUCUCUAGCGUUCCGAGCUCGCCGGAAUCUGAAGAGACUUGCCUGUGGGAUUUUCAGUCGCCGCCGUGUUCGCGUUCUCCGGUGGACCGGCUUCAGCAACUCGUGACGGUUCAAUCGCCGGUAAAUUGGUCGGUAUCAGAUAGUUGGUCUACUGUUAGGUGAAAUCAGAAGUAGAAAUUUGAUAAUUUUAGUUUUGAUUAGAUUUUGAUUAUUUGGAUUUGAUGAUUCUAAUCUUCAAUUAGUAUGUAAAUUGAAUAGGAUUAGUAUUAGUAUAUGAUAUUAGUAUAUAUAUGAAUCUUUGAUCUUACAUGAUGGAAGAGUUUUAACUGGCACUGCUUGUGGCCAAUUGUACAGAGGCUGAUUUUGUAAUAGUAAGCCAUAUUUUUCCCAUUC